GGUGCUAUAUAACGUAAAUCGGCGCCGAAUGCAACUGCAUGCGGACGCAAUAUGAUCGCGCGCGAAUUUUCAAACUUUUGAAAAAGACUAUGGACGACGUCCGCGAAUUAAAAUCUCCAAACGCAACGUCCGAAUUGGUGGCGGCUAAUUAUAACAAAUUAUCCGAUCAUAUUCGGAGAUUAACACCUCAGGGGAUACAAUGUAGCGUUUUUUGCGGCGGAAUUAAUUGUAAAUAUGAAAAUCCGGAUAAUUGGACUGCUGAUAGUUUGGCCGUGCAAGGAAUAUAUUCUCAUUGGAUUACUUCCGACAUUCUUGCGAUGGCACGACCUAGUACCAUUCUAAUCGUCAAAAAGAACAUUUUACAGCAAUUCGAAAGUUUGGGAAUCAAAUCAAUCAUAAAUUUACAAUGCCCGCGGGAACACGCUAGUUGUGGACAACCAUUAGAAAGUUCCGGUUUUUCUUAUGAUCCUAAUAUUUUUAUGGAGAAUAAGAUAUAUUAUUAUAAUUUCGCUUGGAAAGAUUACGGAGAUGCCACCUUAUUAGGAUUAUUAAACAUGGUUAAAGUUUUAGCUUUUGCUACAUCGGAAGGAAGAGUUGCUGUUCAUUGUCACGCUGGUUUAGGAAGAACUGGAGUAUUAAUCUCGUGCUAUCUGGUUUAUUCUUUAAAAGCAGAAGCGAACGAUGCAAUUAAAUACGUUAGAUAUAAACGACCGGGUUCGGUUCAAACUCGGGGUCAAAUUGUGUGCGUUCGCCAUUUUGCUAGUUUCAUUUUACCGAGAAGAUUAACGUUUUUUAUAAAAGAAUGCGAAAAAGAAAAAUACAUGGCUCCUUUUAAUUUAGCUAGGUUUUUAAGGCGGCAAAAAGUGCUUUUUCACGGUUACGAUGAAAGGAUGUACAAAUAUUUUCCAAAAAUAAUCCAUGUCAUUUGUGAGCGUAUUUUAAAACUAUGCGGAUGUUGGGUGAACGAAUUCCCGCAAAAUUGGAACAUACCGAUCACCACAGACUUUUUUUGCUCUAAAUCUGGGAAUGGUGUUGUUAGACAUGAAAGUUUAUACAGUAUUUGUAGCAAUGCGUCUGAAAGCAAUUUAUUAAGUCCUGAUACCUUAAAUUCUCCGAGUAACGAACAUUUCUUAACAAUUCCUUCUGCACCAUCAAGUCCUCAUCCAUCAGAUUGUAGCGAUACAUUCUCAGAUUUGGAUACUGAUGAUAUAAAUGAAGACCUCUUAGCAGAAAAUAAAUGUUUCCAAGAAUUAGAAAAUGAAAAUCUUCUUUGGGAGCCUCAACAAAUAAUGAUUCAAGACGUUCGAAUUGUAGAGAACGCUUUAUUAGUUGAUUUUUCAACAUUAGACGGCGAAAAACGAAAGGAAGUUAGAAAAUUGCAGACGGAUAUAAAUAAUUCUCAGUCGGGGUGGUUAAAAUUGGAGGUUGAAACUGAUUUGAUCGUGUUAUGUUCGAUGUUACACGAUUGGAUAGAAAGCUUAAAAGAGCCGAUCAUAACAACAAACGACAUGGAAAAUAUUGUUAUUAACUACAAACAACCCGAAUUAUGUUUUUCCCAUUUCGAAAUUAAAUCUGCGUUUUUAAUCGAAUACCUUUUACAUUUUUUAAGUAAAAUCAAUCCGAUUACCGAAUUAACACGAACUUGUAUAUUAAGAAGAUUUUUGGCAGCUUUAUCGCAUCAAACGGUCGUAAUAAACGACGUUGUUGUACCUCAAAAUAAGGGUUUCGGAAAAUUACGAGAAGGAACCUUAACGUGCGCAAUCGAAUUUUUCGAAUCGCUUUAUACGGUGUUGGAUUCUUACCAUCAAAGUCAAAAAAAUUUUUUGACUGAAAAUAAAGAAUUCUUUGAAAAUGCAGAAGAAAAGAGUGAUUUUUGAGUUGAAAUGAAGAAAUGUUACUUCCAGUAGUUUUAUUUUUAUAUUGUAUGGGGUUUAAUAAAUUAUUGAGGAUUUAA